GUUUGGUUAAUUUAGAUAUUAAAUCCGUAUCGCGAGGAAGCUGGUGGUGAGGAAACGCACAUGCAGGAAAUGUGCGGUGCACAAGUCUCACACGUAUACGCUAAUACAUAUAAAUGUCGUAAUACGUAUUUUUAGCGGGUCAACAGUUUCGUUUUGUCGCGUGAUGAUAACAAGCGCAAUUCCGGUAUAAGUCAAUCACAGAACGCGUUACGAAAAUCUCUUCCGUAUAUUACAUUUACUAUAGAACUGAACGUUUGAAGUUUAAUUUGCAAUUCCCGUCGUUGUUAAUAAAUUAUAUUAAUUAGCAUGAAAUGAGGGGGAUUUACGUAAUUAGUUUGAUCUCAUUUUACAUGCUCGCGCUAUUCGCUAAUAAUAACGGUGUAACGGAAGGUCACAGUGUGAAAGAUUAUUUACGAGGUUUAUACGCAUUAAAACAAGUCACAAAUCUUCGACAUGGAAUUCUUCCAGGCACUCUUUGGUGUGGCCGAGGAAAUAUCGCUCGCAAGGAUUCUGAUCUGGGCAUGUACACAGAAAUGGAUGACUGUUGUCGAACUCAUGAUAGUUGUGAAGACUACAUAAGACCAAAAAGUACAAGAUAUAGACUGCAUAACAAAUACAUUUGUAGAAGCUCAUUGUGCGAGUGCGAGUUGCAAUUUCACAACUGUUUGACGCAAAUACGCGGCCUUUAUCCAUACGCCGUGAGAAGAAUAUAUUUCAGUACAUGCAAGCAGUGCUUUCGUACCUUUUACGAUCCCCAGGAGUGUAUAAAUGAGGGUCUUGAUAUAAUCGAAGAGAUGGACCGUAAGGGUCGCCGUGUUUUCUGCGCAAAGUUUGAGCGAAAUCCAAAAUGGGGCCAUCGACACAACAUUACUAUGUCAAAAUUGAUUCCUGCCACCGAACUUUCAACCUGGAAUAAUGAUGAAUCUAUACAAAUCGCUUCACGCUUCUAUUCUGGGAAAGAUGGAGAAUAUUCUAACGACGAGGAUGACAUUAGCUAUGAUGAAAAUUAUGCAUUAAUUGAGGAUAAUUAUAAUUAAUACAUUUUGAUGCUAAAGUUCAUGCUCAAGUUCAGCACGAUCACGUUUCUGUCAAAAAUGCAGAAAACAAAUAAGUUAUAAUUUUUAAAAAUUAUUUUUUUUUCGAUCUCUUUAGUUUUAAUUAUAAUAAUAUACGCCGGAUAUUAAUCCGAAAUAUAGAUUAAUCCUCCGCCGGCAAUUAGAAUUUUUAAACGCAUCAUCGAUAUUUUUGUGAAUUUUGAUAAAU